UCAGAAGCUACAUCUAGAAAGCAGCAAUACCUCUCCAGGGAUGUCCACAGCAACCAGUGCAGGAUUGGAGGACAAAAUGACAGAAACUGACAACGUGGACAGGGUAUUACCAGAAUGGGAGAAAAACAUAAAGGCUAUAAAAAUACCUGCUUGUUUUAGCAAGAUGCCUCAGGAGAGUAAGAAGUUCUUCCCUCACACCAAACAAGUGGGGACUUAUCUGGUAGGCAGAAUGAUCAACAAGGGCUCCUUCGCCAAGGUGAUGGAGGGGCUGCACAUCCCCACAGGGGAGAAGGUAGCCAUAAAAGUCAUUGACAAGAGAAAAGCCAAGCAGGAUUCCUACAUGGUAAAAAACAUGAAGCGGGAGCCCCGGAUACACCAGAUGAUCAAGCACCCUAAUGUUGUCCAGCUAUAUGAGACCCUGGAGACUGGCAACUCCUAUUACAUGGUGAUGGAGCUGUGUCUCGGCGGGGACCUCCUGGACAGAAUCUGUGACAAACAGAGGUUGGCAGAAAGGGAAGUAAGGAGAUACACCAGGCAAAUUCUGUCUGCAGUUGGGUACCUGCAUUGCCACGGGAUUGUUCACAGGGACCUGAAAAUUGAAAAUUUUCUUCUCGAUGAGAACAACAACAUCAAAAUCGUUGAUUUCGGACUGAGCAAUACUGCAAAGUUUGAGGGUCUCUCUCAGGAGCUGUUACAUACCCAGUGUGGGAGCCCAGCUUAUGCUGCCCCUGAACUCCUUGCUCAUAGAAAGUAUGGCCCAAAGGUGGAUGUCUGGUCCAUAGGUGUUAGCAUGUUUGCUAUGCUAACUGGCACAUUACCCUUCACAGUGGAGCCUUUUAAUAUCAAGCAACUACAUCAAAAGAUGGUAAUUGGAGAAAUCAGCCCAAUUCCAUCAGAUAUCUCCCCUGGAGCUGUACACUUUAUGCAAUCCUUACUUGAGCCUGAUCCUGCUAAGAGGCCUGGAGUCAAAGAAGCAAUGAAAGACAAAUGGUUGAACGAAGGUUUCACCAAGAAAAUCCUGAACACUACUACCAGUGAGAACAGACUUUGCUUCAGUGAACUGAAUCCUGUUGUUUUAAACUAUAUGACAGAAAUGAUGGAAUUCAGUCUUUCGGAAGUUACCAAAAUUCUACUAAAUAACAGACCUUCUUCUGCCAUGGCUUCUUACUGCUUAUUGCUGAAGAAACUGCUCAGGUGCCAGAAAGCACACAAAAGAAUCCAGAGGGAAAGCACCGUAGAAAAACACAAUAUUAAUCCCAAUAAACACGUGAAUGGGGAGUCAGAAAUUCCAAUUUCCCAGCAGGCUGAAACGGACACUCUGGAAAAUCUCAGAAAUCAUGACAGUAAGACUUUCCCUUCUCUAGUAACCCUGGCAAUGCCAGAUGCUAUUCAACAAGAUGAGAUUGCAAUUAUAUCUGAAAACCAGGAAAAAUUGACAAAAGCAAAAACCAAUCUGACUUAUUCUAUAUUCUAUUUAGUUUCCAAGUUUGCAGACAGAGAGUUGGUUCACCUUGGACUUCCUACAUCAUCAAGCGAAAAUACACUAUGUGAACCUAUAUAUCAGCCACUUUUGGACUUUCAGGAGAAUCUGAAGGAUUUUGAGGACUUGACUGAAGCCAGAAAAUCAUGUCUUCAGGAGAAAUCACAGGCCACAGUAGAAAACAACCAACCUCCUUCUUCAAACAUCCAAGCAAUGACAAACACAAGCAAAGUGCCUCCUCGAUCACUAAUGGAAAACAGAACUAUUACCAGGAGUCCUUUGCCUCAGCAGGACAUGAGGUUUAAAGAUCUUCUGAAGGCAGUAGAUGACAAUAUUUCCAUGCCAAUAAAAUGGCACCCUGUGCCCUCAUGUUUGCACAGAGCUGUGGAGGGCAGGAACAGGAUUUGUUUAGAAACGGUGCGGCUGCGAACUAUGAUUGGCAAGGAAGAAGAUAAGGUCAGAGAGGUGUCAACAAGCUAA